UCCGCUGGGAGUGGGAUGGAGUCGAUGGCGCCUGCGCCUGGAGUCGUCGUGGCAAACGCGUCGGAAGUUCCCGAGCCAACCUUAGCCAAGAGGCCCGAGAAGUCCGAUGGUUGUGCGGGGACCAUGAAAUUGACUCGUAAGGCGGUUCUGUCUCGAGCGAAAGCUACGAGCCUUGCGGGAGUCCGCAAGCUCAAUUGCUGGGGAAGCCGUAUUUCAGAUAUAUCAAUCUGCCAUGAGCUUCCUAAUGUUGAGGUGGUUACAUUCAGUGCAAAUAAUAUCUACAGUCUGGAACCUUUUAACCAGUGCGAGAAGCUAACUGAGCUUUACCUCAGGAGAAACUGUAUAUCAAGCCUCCAUGAGCUGUUCCACUUGAAAAAACUGCCCCGCCUGAGAAUCCUCUGGAUGUCUGAGAAUCCCUGCUGUGGCUCUGAUCUCCACCGCUACAGAAUGACAGUUCUGCGUAACCUUCCUAGUCUCCACAAGCUGGACAAUAAGAUGGUGACAGAGGAAGAACUGUCACAUGCACUAGUAGAAGGAGAAGAGAUAACAACACCCCCAGUUAAAACAGAUGUAGACAGCUGCUGCCAAUACUCUAACACUGAGUCCAGCACGACAGAAUGUACAACAGAAAAUGAACUCAUGAACUUCAGCACUGAACUUGAGGAGACAAAUAAAAUCCGUGAGCAGCUUGGUAUGAAGCCUGUUGCUCCAAAAGAUACAUUUUCAGCCAAAGAAGUAGGUGGUAACCAGACAAAAUGGAAUAUCCUCAGUGCCAUCAUGUUACUUCUAGAAGAGCUGGAUUCAGAGGGUUUAGAAGUCGUCCAUCAAACAGUUGGACACAAACUCCAAGCCUUGCAGAGAAAGGAACUUCAUGAGGAUCGAUAGCACAUCCAAGGAACUGUUUGUGGAUCAGCAAAAUUUAUUUCACCAGUCCUACUAGCAUCCGUUGUGUGUUGUUGGACUUUCCGUGAGAAUGGAGGAUUUUGUACAGAAAAAAAGCAAGCACAUCUUGUGUUUCAUGUACUUAGAAUCAUGUUCUACAGUAAUUUUUUCAUCUACAAUUUAUGUGCCUACAUUUUACAAUUAUUCCACCUUCCACAAUGGCUGGCAGCAGAGAUCGCAAUAAGCACAUAUAGAUUACGUCUAUUUGUAGACAAAAAAUUCUUAUCAUUUGGAAGAGGAUGUACUUCAUCUCUUGCUAGUGCCUUCCUGCUGGAAGAAUCAUGCCUAGACUUGUUUACUCAUGCCUUUGUCAGACCAACCUGUGAUACAUCUGACUUGGUUAGCCUGCUGGCCUUCCCUAAUAUCCCAAUAUUGGAGCAAGUCUAAGCUUCAUAUCGUCAUGUCUCUUCCUUUUCCUCCUCCAUUAGCGUUUGACAAUCCUAGCCUCAGAA